CAAGCACCCUGCACUCACGAGCAGAAGCAAGAAUUGUUCUGAGGUCUUUCGGUUUGCAAUUUUGACGCUGUUACCAUGACGACCAUCACCGUGAGCGCAUCGAGCGUGGCCGCCGCUGCCGCCGCGGGCGCCGCCGGCCUGGGUUUGCUGGGCCUGGGCGCGCUUGCGGUGGGCGGGCGGCGCCGCCGCAGGGGCCACAGGGGCUCGCGGAAGAAGCCCAGCAGCGGCGGCUACCACAGGCGACGCAGAAGCGUGGAGGAGGCUCUGGCCCUGCAGGAAGAGCAGGAGGAAGCGGAGGCGCUGGAAGCGGCGUUGGAGAUCAUCCGCGAGAAGGACGUGAGCGGCUGCGGCCUCCUGCUGGUGUGCGACCUCGCCCGCAGGGACCGCGGCGACCUCGGCCCCGAGGAGGCCACCGUCCUCGACCUCAUCGGCCCCGUCGCUCCCGGCACGGGUGUGUUCCCCCCUGGCGCCGUCGGGGAGUACAGGCACGCCAAGGCACUCGGCCAGGCGGGCGUGGAGUGCCCGCAGGCCUUCCCCACGUGCCCCUUCAAUGGCACUCAGCUCCUCGACACCUUCCUGACUUACGUGCCGUGAGAGCCCUUCGAAGAGGGGUUGCGACAGGGAGGGCGUGUGGGCUUUGUUUGUUGGUAGUUUAAGGAAGGCAUUUAUGGUUUUCUAGUUACAUGGUUAUUAUUUAUAGUGAUUGGUGUAUGUACACUCUUAUGUAGGUGUACAACACACAGGCACACACAUACACACACACACACACACACACACACACACACACACACACACACACACACACACACACACACACACACACACACACACACACACACACACACACACACACACUCACAUACAUACACACACACACACACACACAUAUGCGUACACACACAAAUGUGCAGAUGACGUAUGCAAAUACAUACAUGCAUGGUGUACACAAGUAUAAUUUUAUGUUUCGUUGUUA